AUGGCUCCAUCAGGACUGGCAAUCCUCAUGGGCGCAGGCCCGAAUACCGGCGCCGGCAUAGCUCGAAUCCUUGCCCACCCCUCUCACGGCAACCUCGCCGUCGCACUUAUCGCCCGACGCCCUGAGCCUCUUCAGGAGCUCACCAAGAGUCUCCGCUCUUCUGCCCCAGGAGCUGUGCUCGAGGCAUUCCCCACCGACGAAUCGCCCGAUUCUCUGGAGAUGACCUUCUCCGAUAUCGAAAAGCACCCUUCGUUCAAGGACUUGAAGCUUCGUCUGGCAAUUUAUAGCGUCAAACACAGCAGCAAGAAGCCCUUUCUCGAAGAGACCCAUGAGGACUUCAUCGAUUCUCUAGAAACGUACGUCGGCGGGGCCUUCACCUUCGCGCAAGAAUCCAUCAAGCGCCUCUUCGCCGACCAUGGCGCCGCCCCGCUCGCCUCGUCGGACGGCAGCGGCGCAAAGAAAGGCACUCUGAUCUUCACCGGUACGCUCGGAGCGCUGCGCUGCUCCGCCCAGUUUGCAGCCUACGGCGCCGGGCGCGCGUCGGUGCGUCAGCUGGCGCAGACGCUGGCCCGCGAGAUGUCGGAGAAAGGGAUACACGUCGCCCAUACCAUCGCCAACGGCGCCAUCGCCGACGCGUACGGCGACGACCAGCGCGCCGGCAGGAAGAUGAGCGCCGAGUCCGUCGGCAAGACGUACCUGUGGCUGCACCAGCAGGAGCCGGACCUGUGGACCCACGAGCUGGACAUGCGGCCCGCGUGCGAGAAGUUCUGA